UUGUAGCUGGUAUGGUGCGGGGUGUACGUGUUGUUUCGUUAUUUUCGAAUAACCUUCUUUAAUUAUUUAAUUUAUCUGACGAUAUCGCCAAGUUUUUUUUUUUGAUGUGAUUACGAAUCGUGUCCCCGUGUUGAUACAAUGUACAUUUCACACCUUUACACGCAAUAACUAUUCGAAAAGAAACAUUACAAAUCACGGACCCGUAUUCAUUUGACUGAUAAUAUUUUUGUGUGCUGAAAACUAUUGUUUACAAGUGUCUCGCAUCACCUCGUGGCUAAACCUGUUCACACAGUGUAUAAUAGUGAAUUUAAGUGAUUUUCCCUCGCAGAAAAGUAACCCGGAUACGUUCUAUAACGAGUGCUGAAUGUUUUUUCGUUCUACGAGUCUUUGUUCCUUUUUAUAACCUGACAAUCUCGAGCAAAAACCUCUGUUCUCUUCUGAACAUGUUAUUGCAUUUUUGACAGAAUCAUAAAGAAAGAAACGCAUAGUCAAGCGCCGCGAUGUGGCCGGCACAAGGUAAUAAGUCUGCGAAGGGUGGUGGUUCGACAGCACAGAAUCUUCGCACUUUGGGUAUGACAUCUGCCAUUACUUUAGCGGGACCAAAACCCAGCGAUUACCUGAGGACUAAUGAACUUCAUGAAGCUCUCAAGCCUUACAAUGUAUUUGAGUCUGACAAGGAGCUUAAUCACAGAAUGGAAAUCCUAAGCAAACUGAAUAGCUUGGUCAAGCAAUGGAUUAGGGACACAAGUGUGGCUAGAAACAUGCCUCCAAAUGUUGCCGAACAAGUUGGUGGGAAAAUUUACACGUUCGGAUCGUAUAGAUUAGGUGUGCAUCACAGAGGUGCUGACAUAGAUGCGCUCUGUGUCGUCCCGCGGCACAUACAUAGAUCGGAUUACUUCACGUCUUUCUUUGAAUUGCUGAAACAGCAAGCAGAGGUUUCAGACUUGAGGGCAGUGGAGGAAGCCUUUGUACCCGUUAUUAAAAUGAAGUUCGACAGUAUAGAAAUUGAUAUGCUGUUUGCCAGACUAGCGCUAAAGGAAAUCCCUGAUACAAUGGAUCUCAAAGACGAUAUGCUGCUGAAGAAUCUUGAUCAAAAAUGCGUACGAAGUUUGAACGGGUGUCGAGUGACCGAUGAAAUAUUACGUCUGGUACCUAAUAUUGAUAAUUUUCGACUUGCACUUAGGGCAAUAAAACUUUGGGCUAAAAAACACGGAAUAUACAGCAACGUCUUAGGCUACCUUGGUGGUGUUUCUUGGGCAAUGCUCGUCGCUCGAACUUGCCAAUUGUAUCCAAAUGCAGUUCCUGCUACGCUCGUACAUAAAUUUUUCCUCGUAUUCUCCCAGUGGAAAUGGCCGCAGCCCGUCCUUCUGAAGCAGCCGGAUAACGUCAAUUUAAGUUUUCCAGUUUGGGAUCCAAGAAUUAAUGUCUCUGAUAGAUAUCAUUUAAUGCCCAUCAUCACCCCAGCAUAUCCGCAGCAAAAUUCGACGUUCAAUGUCUCCGCAUCAACACGAACAAUUAUGCAGCAAGAGUUUAAGUCGGGUUUGGCCAUAACAGAUGAAAUUAUGAAUGGAACAGCUACAUGGGAUAAACUGUUUGAACCCCCAAAUUUCUUUGGGAAGUACAGACACUACAUUGUGCUGUUGACCAGCAGUUUGACGCCCGAAGAUCAGCUUGAAUGGUGUGGAUUAGUUGAAUCAAAAAUACGACAUUUAAUAGGUACAUUGGAGCGGAAUCCACACAUCACCCUGGCCCAUGUCAAUCCUGAGGUAUUCUCGCCAUUGGAGCCCGCUACCGACCGGCAAUGUUCCAUGUGGUUCAUAGGUUUAAUAUUUGCUAAAAGUGAGAACCUGAAGGUUGACCUUACCUACGAUAUCAAGUCAUUCGCCGAUUCAGUCGAGAGACAAGCAGAACAAAUUCACAUGUUGAAGGAAGGAAUGUGGAUCGAAGCAAAGCCCGUGAAGCGCAAGGAACUCCAUACAUACAUUUCUCCCAGUUUAGUGAAGCGCGAACGUAAGGCUUCCGCUUCCACCACAAUUACUCACAUUAACGGAAGGUCUAGCGGGAAUGGAGGAGGAACAGUUUCGCCAAGUGGAGGUACAGAUAUCUCUUCCAGAAAAAGACGAUCCGACAGUAUGGAUCAGUAUGGAAAGAAACCGAAGGUCCAUGACCCAGAGCAUCAAAUUACACAAGCGGAAGAUGGUUCAUUGGUAGUUGUUCAGUCGUGCGGUGAGGACAGUAACUCUGGAUUCAGCCUGGACGAAUAUAAAGACAAUACGACAGCUGCAAAAGAUGAAAGACCGACCACUGGUGCAGCAGUUGUCCAAGAGGGAUUUGUGUGCACUUGACCGUUGCACGGUUGUUAUCAUCCACCAAUCCAAAGAUGGUCCUCAGGAUCGUCUAGAAUGUAAGCACUCGUCACACCAAGAUCCACUGCCCAUGUUAUGUGAGUCCUUUGUUUCGUAAAAGAAAACGCCGGUUACUGGAGAAGAAAGACCCUCAAACGGAUUAUUAUUACUAAACUUCAAUUUAUUACGAAAAUAGCGGUAUUAAAUGUAAAUGUAUAAAUUCUACGUGAAAGUGGUGAAACACAAAUGAUGGUUAAUAUUUGUUACGGACGUGACAUAACGUUUCCCCCUUACAUCUUAUUUCUCUCUUGUAGUCUUCUGCCUUGCUCAUAUUUGUUUUUUCUAAAACUUUUUUUAAACUUUUUUUCACGAGUAUUUUGAAUAUACUUGUUCACAAUCAAUGGGUGACGCGGUUGUUUAUCAGGCUUUUUACGUGAAAAAUUAAAUAUUCAAGAUUAAACGCAUUAUUUGGCAUAUUGUCAGCGUGUCGGAUUAGCGUUGCUAAUUAUGAGUACUGUUACAAAAGACUAUUUGAAGAAAAAUAAUUUGCCAGGGGGUAAACAACUGCCGUUUGUAAAAUCAGAAUCGUCAAUCAUGAUCAUCUGUUAAAUUGGCCAUCUAGUUCAAUAACUGCUCUCCGUUGAUGAUUAUUUUGAUUAGUUAUUCGUUCGAUUUUAAUUCAUCAAGAUAAUUUUAGCGUUAGAAGUAGAGCACGGACUUAGCGGUACAGAAUUGCACCAUCGAUCAUAGAUCGGUGAAUUGCCUUUCAUCAGGCAAUUUAUUUCCUGUUGAUACGCAAUUCGAUUACCAAGAUACUGAAGAAAGAACUGUGCAUCACAGGAAUGUGUUUUAAGAAAUGUAUGAUGUGCGAUUGUUCAGAUGUUAUGAGAAUGAGCCUCAGUUAAUUUUUACAAAAUCAUAGAAUCCUGUAGCACGGUGCUCGCGGGGUGAUUUUAUUUCUCCAAGUAACAGUUCAGGGCAGUUUUCUUUUAUCAAUCGAUAUCCUUAUUUCUCGUUUUCUAUACUUAGUUGCAUUGGCAUUAUAUAUCGAUCUCCCGUAAUUUUUUUCAACCAGUAACAAUAUACAUUUCUGUUGGUGUUAUGUAUGGGCUGCUUGAUGAACAAAGUUUAGUUACUCAUAUUAACGUGCCACGAAUAUAUCUCUAUUUAGCGGGGAUACGCACGUUUGUGUAAAUAUAUGUCUAUACUAUCGAAAUAAAAGUUAUCCGUUGAGCUGCAGAA